CGUCGCGACAAAAGCGGUCGGUGGCGGGUUGCAGCAGGUUGGACAUCUCUCCGCACAGCGCGCCAUGCCUUGCUCCGAGGAGAGCCGGGGACCGGUCGGAUGCACGGGCGACACGUCGUUGUAGACAGACGCCCAGCUGUGGCACGGGGGAGGGGGAUAUGAUGAGCCCGAUCACUUCACACAGCAGCAUUGAUCUCGUUUGUUGUUGGGCAUCGACGCGUAUCCGGAUGGAAAGGACCUGUGCGCUCGGGAAACGUCGGACCGGAAUGCCAACAAGAUAAUCCCGCAGCUCCAAGAUCUUGAUGAAAAAUUCUACUGUUGGCUUCAACUCAUGACCAUUUUACUGGAUUGAAAGACCUAAUCAGAGUCAAGUCUGGUUGGUGACUAUAACAUACCCUUUCCCAAAGACGUCUGACCCUCCACGUGUCCCUCCCCAUCAUGGCUAGAUGGAAGUUAAAGUUCUUUCUUCCAGGCCAGGUACUUGCUGGCCUGAUCCUGGUAUCUAUAGGACUAUCCUUUGUCCAAAGCAAUGAGUGUCCCCAGCUAUGUGUGUGCGAAAUCCGCCCAUGGUUUACUCCCCAGUCCACCUACAGAGAGGCCAUCACUGUAGACUGCAAUGACCUACGUUUAACACGUAUCCCGGGAAACCUCUCCAGCGACACUCAGGUUCUCCUCCUACAGAGCAACUACAUUGCCAGGACAAGUGAGGAGCUAGAGCAGCUCUUCAACCUGACUGAGCUGGACUUGUCCCAGAACAACUUCAGUUGCAUUCGGGAUGUUGGCCUUACCAAUAUGUCCCAGCUCACCACACUUCAUCUGGAGGAGAACCAGAUAAAAGAAAUGCCUGAUUACUGUUUGCAGGAUCUCAGCAACCUGCAGGAGCUCUACAUCAACCACAAUCAGAUCAACGCCAUCUCUGCCAAUGCCUUUUCUGGGCUCCACAACCUGCUCAGGCUUCACCUCAACUCCAACAAGAUCAAAUCCAUUAACAGCCAGUGGUUUGAAUCUACGCCCAAUCUAGAGAUCCUCAUGAUUGGGGAGAACCCCAUUGUUGGGAUAAUGGACUUCAAUUUCAAGCCCUUGGUUAACCUGAGAAGCCUGGUUUUGGCUGGAAUGGAUUUGAUGGACAUCCCCGGAAAUGCCUUUGUGGGACUUGACAAUCUUGAGAGCCUUUCUUUCUAUGACAAUAAAUUGGUCAGAGUUCCACAGAGAGCUCUUCAGAAGUUACCUAACCUUAAGUUCUUGGAUUUGAAUAAAAACCCAGUGCACAAGAUUCAGGAAGGAGAUUUCAAGAACAUGCUGAGGCUGAAAGAGCUGGGCAUAAACAACAUGGGAGAAUUGGUUUCUAUCGAUCGUUAUGCUAUGGACAACCUGCCCGAGCUCACUAAGCUGGAGGCUACAAAUAACCCCAAAUUCUCUUACAUUAACUAUCAGUCCUUUCGUGAUGUCCCAGCCUUGGAGAGUCUAAUGCUAAACAACAAUGCCCUGAACGCUCUCUAUCAGUCCACGGUGGACUCCCUCCCUAACCUACGUGAGAUUAGCAUCCAUAGCAACCCUCUUCGCUGUGACUGCGUCAUCCAGUGGAUGAGCUCCAACAAGACCACUGUCCGCUUUAUGGAACCUCUGUCCAUGCUCUGUGCCACGCCAACAGAGGUCAGGGGUAUGCGUGUGAGGGAGGUGCUACAGAAGAACCUUGCAAACCAGUGCUUGCCCAUGAUUUCGCAUGACACCUUCCCCAGCCACCUCAAUUUGGACAUUGGAAUGACUGUGGACUUGGACUGCAGAGCCAUGUCCCAGCCUGAGCCUGAAAUCUACUGGGUGACGCCCAUGGGGAACAAGGUAAUGAUGGACACCCUGUCUGACAAGUACAGCCUCAGCAAUGAAGGGACAUUGAGAAUAUCUCAUAUCCUAGUAGAAGACUCAGGCACAUACACCUGUGUGGCUCAAAACUCAGAGGGAGCCGACACAAGAGUCACAGCUAUACGUGUAAAUGGCACUCUUUUAGACAGCACUCAUCUUAUGAAGAUCUACGUCAAACAGACAGAAUCUCACUCAAUCCUGGUCUCCUGGAAAAUAAACUCAAAUGUAAUGACCUCUAACCUCAAGUGGUCCUCCGCCACCAUGAAAAUAGACAACCCACACAUUACUUACACUGCAAGAGUACCUGUGGACGUCCACGAGUACAACCUCACGCAUUUACAACCAGCAACUGAGUACGAGGUGUGCCUCACGGUCUCCAACAUUCACCAACAAAUGCAGAAGUCGUGCGUGAAUGUAACGACAAAGCAAGCAGCCUUUGCUGUGGAAAUAUCUGACCAAGGGACCAACACUGCUCUUGCAGCAGUCAUGGGAACAAUGUUUGCGAUUGUCAGUCUGGCCUCUCUGGGUGUGUAUAUUGCUAAGAGGUGGAAAAGGAAAAACUAUCACCAUUCCCUGAAAAAAUACAUGCAGAAAACCUCGUCAAUACCACUGAACGAGUUAUACCCUCCACUUAUCAACUUGUGGGAGGCAGACAGUGAGAAGGAAAAGGAGGGCUCCUCUGAGACCAAACCUAGCCAGGUGGACACGACACGCAGCUAUUACAUGUGGUGAUACCUACUAACCAUCCAGUCAGAGACACAGAGACAUUUUUCUUUCAGGAGCACAAACACAUAUAUACACAUUUGCUAAUUUGUAACUAAGUGGAUUGACUGAAUUUUUUCUUCUUUCUCGUUUCCGCUGUGUUUUCUCUGGUUCUAUCAGACUUUCUCUCGGAAGCGAAAAUUGAGCCAACAUUUUCAGAUUUUUUAGUUUAGCACAUUGUCUUUUUACCUUUCGCUCAUACUUUGACACACAAUGUGGCAGCUUGCUUUAGCUUCCUGGACUUUGUAGUCACUGUGCUUUAUUUUUAGUACUUGUUUUGAUGAACACAGCAUGAGCAUUGUCACAGAUUCAGUUUGCCUGAGCAGAGGAAAAGCUGGAAACUGACUCGUUUUUAACAUGUUUUCCUCUGGCAGAACUGUUAGAGACUGCAAUCUUUCUUUCUCUUGUAACACAGUUUCACUGUUAACUGUUGUGCACUGAAAUAUAUACACAAAUUUGUCUAUCGACUGAAAUAUAAGCUGACAAAGUACGUUUAGACUUGAUAUACCGUCUAUUGAGUAAUGUUAGCGAUUCUUCUGUAAUGUUGUAUCAGCUAUGAUUUCAUUUUUGUACAUUAAAUGACAGUACGUUUGAUUUAGACUUUAAGUUUGCAGAGCAACUACUGUAAACCAGCAAUAGAAAUAUGAAUGUUAUAAACUAGGUAGAUGUAAGGCUUUUUAAAUUUCUUAAAUAUUUCUUCUCUUAUUUUGCUAGAAUACGUCUACAAUCACUGGUUUUGCUGUGGUUUCCACACACAAACAUGUUGUUUAUUGAGAAGCAAGUUCAAUAAAAUCUUCUUUCCUCAUAUUUUUUAACCAUGA